AUGGUUCUCGUCAUAUUGCUCGACGAGACCCAACGAUCAGCUGGGCACGAGGCUUUCAGCUAUCACAGGCCGGUGGAUUGCCACGCCAGCGGACGAUUUGACUCGUCUGGACGCCCUUCACAUCGCGGUGGUUCAAAAUACGCUCCACCAGAAAGCGUUGACUGCCGCCUGAGUCCACCAAAGGAUGUGGUGGCAGCAGGAACACCGGAUCCGUCUCGAGGAUCGGAUCAACUUGAUGUUCAGGAACUGAACCGUGUAAUGGUUCAGUUACUCGACGACUUGGUCCAUGAACGAACUCAGUGUUAUGAGCUAUAUGAACUUGUAAAGGAUAAUUACGAUUUUUUAGCGCCUGAUCGUUCGAACGAUAGCGCCGCAUUUUCGCUCGAGCAACUGGAGAACGAACUUUCGAUUCGCUCUCUUCGUGACGAGCUGGAUGUGGCUCGUCAAGACAUCGCUUAA